AUGGUGCGCCUGCAUUGCCCUCCACCGCUGCUCGCCCCGUCGGCGCUGUGGUGCGGGAGACGCUACCGCCUCACGAACGCGAGCAUAUUGUCCAGCAUAAAAGGCAUGGCGGACGAGUCGGACGACAUCACCUCUAAGCUCGUGUACGUGCGGCGCAGGCAGGAGGAUGCGGUUGCGUGGGCCGUCAAGGAGAAGGAGGUGCUGGCGCAGAAGGCGAAGCGGCAGCUGGAGGCGGAGCAGCGGCAGCAGCAGGAGGAGGAAAAGCUCGAGGCGUACGUGCGAGAGGUGGCGGAGAAGUCGGGGCCCGACGCUGCAGAGGCGGCGCGGCAGCAGCUCGCGAAGGCNCGUACGUGCGAGAGGUGGCGGAGAAGUCGGGGCCCGACGCUGCAGAGGCGGCGCGGCAGCAGCUCGCGAAGGCCAAAUCGCCGUACUUCCGCUCCGUCGACGCGUUUGGCGACAAGAGCGUCAAGCUGCAGCACUCCUUCUCCGGCCUCGCCGACAACCGCAUCAUCACCUGGUGGGAGCUGCUGUACUGGAACUACCUGCGCUACGUCUUCACGCAGGAGCGCCUCAUCGCGAAGGACCGCUUCGGCAACAAGUUCACCGUGA